AUGUCCACUACUACACAACCCAGUCUACUGUCUGUGCACCUUCGCAGGGCGGGUGUGGGUACAAACAAUAGGCCGGAUAGAGACAGCAAGGCAGUCCAAGACAAGGUCGAUGCAAGCAACGCAGAUACAGCGUUUAUAUCACUCCCAGCUGUUUUUGAGGACGAACCAGAGUUUCCAGCGCAGGCUGACGGAGAGCACAGGGAUUAUACUCCACUCAGCUCACCUCCUACCACGCCGCAUCUCAGUUUCAUUAUUUCAAAGCCACGCUCUGCACCCAGCGAUCAGUCUGGUAGGCUGGCCAGCCAACAGUCAUCCACCACACCGCCGGAACAUAUUCAUCAUAGUAAACCACCCACUGUCUGGUGUCACAGACUCAACAGCCAGAAGGACCACGCAAGCGACCAUCACCCCAAGUCUGAGUCUAAUAAGUUGUACAAUCUGUUGAGAUCCUUCUCAGUAUCGUCUAUGCCAGCGCUGUCGACGUCAGCGACGACAGCCAACACAGCCACCACGCUGAUAGAGCCAUCGACGCCACCAUGUGCGCAGACUUGGCAGAGGAGGAAGUCAUCAAACAGCUCCCUGCCCUCCCUGCCCUCACUGUCCUCCUUCUCAACAACAACUGCGCCGCCCACGGCCACGCCCAAAGCGGCCCAGUCCACGCUCGUUGACACGACGAGCGCCACCGCGCAGAUGAUCAAGUACGAUGCGCAAGUCGAGCGAAAGCGGAUGAGUUUGAGUGACGACGCGGAGGAGAUGCGCCGGAGAAACACGCUAUGGCGACGCAUAGGCGGAUACGUGGUAGACACGCAUAGUCAAACGCACACGGACAGCGCCGCACUCCUCAACAGUCAGAUACGGCAAGAGGAACGUUUUCCCGAUAGCCUGACGGAGCGACUGCGUAACGUCAAGGCACGCUGGUCACUCUCUAUCUCGGAAGCACGCUCCGAGGGUCGCGCGCAGGCCGUUGCGCUGCUCAGAGAUGCUCGCAUUCUCUACCGCGAAAUGAAGAUUGAGGGUAGUGGUGGGGUGCUGGACGGUGAUGUAUUUCACUCUUACUCUCCCUCACCCUCUCAAUCUACAGCUACUAAAUCUCCCCGCUGCGAUCACUGCUGCGCCCUCCAUAGCGGAGGUCCUUACGAAUGCGACCUUAAUCGUCAGAUCCGCGCUGGGCGCGCACACGAACGCGAGAAGAGACGCAUUAAGUCGUGGAUCGAAUUGCACCUCACCGCUCUUAAACUCAACGUUGGCAACUGGGAUAAGAUCAAUUGCCCUCAUCCUCUCUCCCACAUCAAGAAAUUCGAAUACGGCGCUGACCUCUGCACAUCCUCGGGUCUCUCUUCCAAGUCAUGGCUAGAAAUACAGGGCGACACGGACAGAGAGAGGAACGAAGCCCUGUUAGAGUCGCGCGAAUUCGACUUUUGCCUCGAGUAUCUUGCCCAUUUCCACAGACACCAGAUGAAAAAGAAGAAAAACACGUCUAGCUAUAGACCACGUUCUUCUAUUUAG